ACUGCCUCUCUCUCCUGGUCUACCGGGAUAAGUCCGAUAAGGUCAGGGGUCGUCGUGAGCGGCUGCAGAUGACCUUGGAGGGGAUCUGUGGAGUGGAGCCGGGGUUAGGGUAUGACGGGGUGGCCUACACCCUCACCAUCCUCUGUCUGGGACACACAGUGGGACUGGGCUUCGACAGCAGAGAGGGGCUGACGGCCUGGGACGCUAGGCUGAGAUACAGCCUGGGAGAAGUCCACAGGUUCAGUGUAGGUGUUCAGCCAGGAACUAAGCUAGAGAGUGGUCCCGCCUCCCUGCACCUGUGCAACAACCUACUGGUCCUCACUAGGGACCUCCCCCCGGCCGUGAUUGGCCAGUGGAAGCUGUCAGACCUGCGUCGCUAUGGCGACGUGCCCAACGGCUUUGUGUUUGAGGGCGGCACUAGAUGUGGAUACUGGGCUGGUGUGUUCUUCCUGUCCUGUUCAGAAGGAGAGCAGAUCAGUUUCCUGUUUGACUGUAUAGUCAGAGGCAUCUCUCCUAGUAGAACACCUCAUGGCCUCAGACCUAACCUACCAGAUCCCAGUGCUAGCCGGUCCUCCUCAGAGGAGAGGAUCAACCAUGAAACAUCGGAUCUAGAGAGAAGACUCAGCAUGCUGUCUCACAGCAGUAGACAGAGCAGUACAGCCUCCACCUCCAGUUACAGCACCUCCAUUGCCGGGGACGACCGCAGCAGUAUCUCUUCCUCUUCCUCCAGCCAAUCAGACGCCAGUUACGGAAGCCACUUCCCUUUAUGGCCAGGGCCAAAACGCCCCACUUCCUCAACCGAGACCCUGUCGGCCCCUCCCACUGCGAGGUCCUCGACCAAUCUGGACGAGGAUCUCUAUAACGCUGUCAUGAACCGCACUCCUUUCAAACCGCCUUCCCACCUUCACAGUCUCCACGACAGCGGGCGCCAAAGCUCGUUGGACAGCGGGAUAGGCGUCGCCACGGCCAGCAGCCAAUCGUCUUACUCUGGGAGCUUCUCUUCCUGUACGGGCAGCCUGGACACAGCCAGUCAAGGAGGAGGGGAGGAGUUUGGGUCUGUCCUUAGUCUACCUCCCCCUCUUCUCUCUCUGCCUCCUCUUUCUCUAUCUCCCCCUCCUCCCUCUCUACCUCCUCCUCCUCCACCCAGUCUACCUCCUCCACCUCCUCCUCUGUCCUUAAGGACCCCUGAGCCCGGCCCUCUCUCCCCCCCUACUCCCGGCUCCUACCUCACGCCUUGCUCCUCCUCCUCCUCCAGGACUAGUGGUUGUAGCUCUGGCGCCCCCUGGUGUCAGAGUGAGGAGUACCAGGCACCCAGCCUUCUCAGACUACAGUAUGACAGCCCCAGGAACCUCCUGCACACCCUGGCCUUCAAGGAUCCUCCACCCCAGGGAGGAGCACCCGAACUGGGCAGGGACAGGCGGCUCGGUGGGGAAGGACAGAUCCAGGGGCAUGAGUGUCCUUCCCUUCCUUCCACACCCACUGAGGCCUCUCCCCAGUGGGUAGAGACCCUGAGGCAGGCCCCCGUAGAAAGGCACCUGAGCAGUGAGAGAGCGCCCCCUGUGGACAGUGGUGAUCGGUGCAGCAUCAUGUCCGCUCGGCUCACACCCAGACCUCUGCUGUUACCUGGCUGUCCAGUGUGUGGAGGAACCCAGAGUCAUCAUCCCUGUGUAGAUCACAACUACAUUACCCAUGAGCAAUGGUUCUCAGCUAGAAAGAGACAUGUUACGCAGACAAACAGCCCUUCACAUUCAGGGCUUUCCCCAACACCAGUAGGGGGCUCCACCACAUACGCCCACAUAGACAUCACAGCCUCAGAGACAGCUCAGAGAGUAGCAGCAGAACACGCCCAGGGGAGAGAGGACAGGCUGAUGGAGCUGGAGGAGAACACGCCCAGGGGAGAGAGGACAGGCUGAUGGAGCUGGAGGAGAACACGCCCAGGGGAGAGAGGACAGGCUGAUGGAGCUGGAGGAGAACACGCCCAGGGGAGAGAGGACAGGCUGAUGGAGCUGGAGGAGAACACGCCCAGGGGAGAGAGGACAGGCUGAUGGAGCUGGAGGAGAACACGCCCAGGGGAGAGAGGACAGGCUGAUGGAGCUGGAGGAGAACACACCAAGGGGAGAGAGGACAGAAAGGAGAGGCACCCUGCAGUCUCUCUCUUUCUCUCUCCCUGUCUCACACACACACACACACACACACACACACACACACACACACACACACACACACACACACACACACACACACACACACACACACACACACACACACACACACACACACACACACACCUGAAAUGAUUUGAGUGUUUUCUUGUAAAUAGUAACUGCUUUGUUUGCCAAGAGAUUAUUUAUUAACUUGUUUUAUAUUUAGCCACCCUCUGCCUUGAUGACAGCUUUGCAAACUCUUGGCAUUCUCUCAACCAGCUUCACCUGGAAUGCUUUUCCAACAGUCUUGAAGGAGUUCCCACAUAUGCUGCGCACUUGUUGGCUGCUUU